AUGUCAUGCUGGGGUGGAAAACCCUCUACCCCCAACAACGACACUCUGCAGGUUGCCUGCUGGGGCCGCCCUCCACUAUUGAGGCACACCGAUUUCGACGUCAAACCUCCAACAUCAGAGGACUUCGAGAUUCCUGAUACGCAGUCAUCCGUUUUCAUCCAAGUCACCAUGCUGUGCACCAUUAUGACUAGCAUAUCCGAAGUAUAUAUGCAAAGACAACAUAUCCAGCAAGCGGAGCUGACGAGCAUCGAUGUCGCCUUGUGCGACUGGGUGAAAAGCCUCCCGGACGACCUUAAGCUAUACAAUGCGAAUGGUCGAAGACUGGCCUACUAUCGUCCGGUGUCGGAGAUGUAUAUCCAGUACUUUGUCGCCAUUGUGAUGAGUCAGAUGCUGAGGCACAAGGAGAGAGACAGGCCGUGGCGCACAUCCAUCCCAUCGCGCCUAGCUGCGUCUUGCGCUACUGCUCUUUACGAUGAGAUAUAUUGUCGGGAAGACACGGUCUAUCUCCUUCCAAACCAUGGAUUCUUUUGCUUGGCCAUUUCGCUUCCUCUACUCUGUCACCGUCCUCAGUCUGACCUGAGGAGGGAAAUGCGCAAGAGCGAGAUAGCGGUUAUUCGCUCUGUUUUGAAUAGCAUGCGAGACAGGUACGGCGAUGCAUCUAUGGUGCUAGGCAAGAUGGAAAAGUUGCACGAUACCAUCGAGCGAUCCUCACGAUCAAACGAAAGCCCUGAUGCUACGCUGUCAGAAAUCCAGGGAGCUUGUAUACAUGCUAAGGAGUUGUUUCCCUUUCCUACCGACUUCUGCAGCGACAUGAGCCUGCUGGAACUUGUCGCUGCAACCGAUCCCGAUCAACAGGCUCCGGUGACCGACUACCCUCCGCUGCCGGACGAGCACACCGAAAACACCUUAUUUGGAUACAGUUUCGUGGAUCUUUUCGAGCUGGAACUUCCUUCUUUCAACUUUAUGGAGGGCGAUGAAUCCCCUUUCACAUUCCACGCAUAG